AUGGCCCUCCGCGCCUCGUCCUCCCAGGCUCCUCCUUCUCACGCGACCGAGUUCGACAUUCUCAAACACGCGCAUCGGUUCUUGCGCGACGAGGAAGAGGCGCCCGCGUCAUGGAAUGAUCAACUGGCGGCAAAGUACUACGCUAGUCUAUUCCGCGAGUUCGCGGUGUGCGACCUCAAGCACUACAAAUCCGGCAAUCUUGCGCUAAGAUGGCGCACGGAAGACGAAGUCGUAUCCGGUGCAGGCGAACGCAGCUGUGGCAACACACGUUGCGAGUUCCACGCGCCGCCCGAAGACGAGGACGCUCCGCCGACUACUGCUCUUUCGACCUUGGAACUCCCCUUUGCAUAUGUCGAGCAGGGUCAGGCAAAGAGCGCGCUCGUCAAAGUUGUUCUAUGCGCGCGUUGCGUCAAGAAGCUCAUGUGGAAGCGAAACAAGUUGAAGGAGGCCGCUUCUGCUGAAGGUGGCGAGGAAGAGGGUCCGCAGAAUCCAUCGAAGGCGGAGGAGAGUCAAUCACGGGCUCGUGAUGCACAAGAGGAGGGACCUUUCUCGCGUGGCUCUCCAAGACGCAAACAGGAUGAUGAGGACCGAAGAACGAGAAGACGAACUUCGCGCUCGCGUUCGCCCAGACGAGACCAUCGCUCAAGGCGCCCACGCAGUCCAUAA